AGAUUUACUUAAUUAAAUUAGUUAAAUAAAUAAUAGUUAUACUGACGUGUAUGUACAUUUACUAUUAGUAAAUUAAGCUCUCAACAAUGUAUUUAUAAUGAUAUAUCCAUAUACAUGAUAUUAUUAUAAACGUAGUUUUUAUCGGAUGCUAUUUAUGUAUUUAUUUGGACACGUUCAUUUACAAACAACGGAUAAGUAGUUGUUGCAGUGAAAAAGCAAAAGCUGUAUAUUUCUCAUUCGCCUGUCGUUUAAAAACUUUGUUUAAAAAGUUUCGGAGGUGGGUUGAACUAUUCCCGCUGCAGGGGCGUGCAAUCAGGAUUUAGACCAGGAAGGAAGGAAACUGGAGCCUGGGAAAGGCGCUGCCAACCCCGCUCAAGGAAUGGAACACACCCGGAACUCCAGUUCCUUAUUGAUUCAUCUAAAAUACUCUUUGGUUUGUAGCUAUGAGCAGCAUGCGUGCACGAAUGUGUGAUGUCGAACUGUAAAGAGGGCUAAAACAUGUCUGGGGUGGAAGUGGCCAAAGAGGAACUUAAGGAGAUAGACAUAUGUGACAUCUGUUCGGAGGAGGAGAGCGGAGUUUUUCUCAGCUCAGGUGCGUCGUACCUUGACGGCUUCUCGUCGUUUCACAAACGGGCUUCGAAGGGACCUUCGGUUUCGGACGGAAACCGUGAGUGCGCCAAAACAGCCCCGGUAUCACUAUGCGAGUGCGCGCAAGUGCCUCAUGGAGCAGCAGCUGGAGAGAUCCGCAUGGAGGGAGGAGGAGGUGAAGCAGGUGUGUAUUCGGAUGAAGAGGAUCAGAGAGCGUCCCGAGCAUCAUCUAUAGUGGACUGUCUGCUAGUGGAGCUCUAUGACACAUACAGUAAUAAUGUCAGAGGGGUGGACAGCUCGACCGAAGCCUCCAGCUCAGAUGCCUUCCUGGGCAGGAGUAACACUGGCUCCAACUUUCUCCAAGAACUUCAGGAGAAGCACACGAGGCGCCAUCAGAUGAAAUACCUGGCUCAAAAAGGUCCAGAGGAGCUGAAGUGGAUCAUUCAGGAAGUGAAGUAUCGUAUUGGUGUACAGUCAGCCAAACUGGUGCGUCAGGUCAAGAGGAAGGACAGACUUCGGCAGAAGUUUCAGAAGAACUGUGAUAUAGUCACGGCCUGCCUGCAAGCCGUCUCCCAGAAAAGACGGGUGGACACCAGGUUGAAGUUCACUAUCGAACCUUCUUUAGGGAAAAACGGCUUUCAGCAAUGGUACGACGCUCUGAAGGCAGUGGCCAGACUCCCAGUAGGGAUUCCCAAAGAGUGGAGGAAGAGGGUAUGGCUAACCCUGGCUGACCAGUACCUCCACAGCAUCUCCAUAGACUGGGAGAAAACUAUGAGAUUUGCCUUCAAUGAUCGCAGCAACCCAGAUGAUGACACUUUGGGAAUUCAAAUUGUGAAGGACCUGCACAGGACGGGCUGCAGUUCAUAUUGUGGCCAGGAGGCGGAGCAGGACCGUGUGGUGCUGAAGCGGGUGCUGCUGGCGUACGCUCGCUGGAACAAGACUGUGGGAUACUGUCAGGGCUUCAAUGUUCUGGCCGCCCUCAUCCUGGAGGUCACAGAGGGAAAUGAAGGAGAUGCUCUGAAGGUGAUGAUCUAUUUGAUUGAUAAAGUGCUUCCCGAUAGUUACUUCGCCAAUAACCUGCGUGCCCUCUCAGUGGACAUGGCUGUGUUCAGAGAUCUCCUGCGACUGAAGCUUCCAGAACUUUCUCAGCAUCUCCACCAUCUCCAGAAAGUAGCCAAUCGGGAAGGAGGAGGGAGCUAUGAGCCUCCGCUCACCAACGUCUUCACCAUGCAGUGGUUUCUGACCAUGUUUGCCACUUGUUUGCCGCAUCACACCGUGCUGAAGAUCUGGGACUCGGUCUUCUUCGAGGGCUCCGAAAUGCUGCUGCGUGUAGCUCUCGCCAUCUGGGCCAAACUCGGAGAACGAAUUGAGGAGUGCCAGACUGCCGAUGAAUUUUAUAGCAUUAUGGGCUGCCUGACACAGGAAAUGCUGGAGAACAACCUUAUCGACUCAAAUGAACUCAUGCAGACGGUCUACUCCAUGGCCCCGUUCCCGUUCCCCCAGCUGGCUGAGCUCAGGGAGAAAUACACCUACAACAUCACCCCGUUCCCAACCCCUGUCAGAGCAAACAGCAGUCUAGCAAUGCAUGGAUGGGAGAGUGAUGAUGAUGCUGAUAUGGAUGAUGAAGACUCUAUUGUCACCGCUCUGGGUUGCCUAGGGCCUCUUGGAGGACUUCUGGCCCCUGAGAUCCAAAGAUACCAAAAGCACCUUAAAGAUCAGCGAGCUGACCAGAGCUCACACGGUAGUAACAUGGCAGAGCUGAGUCCCGGGGCAGUUGGAGCAGGCCGGGCCGAGCACCAGGCGGCCAUCAACAGCAUGAUGCUGGAACGCAUGAGCACAGACAUUAGCGCUCUGAAGAAACAGUACUCGCGCAUCAAACAGAAACAACAGCAACAGGCCGGGCUGCUGUACAUCCACACAGGACCUCGAGUGGAAGCUGAAACUAUUGAACCUCAUCAAGCCAGUAAGCAGCAGAAGCGCCACAUUGAUAAGUGUCCAGCCACCAGUAUCCUUCCAUCUCAAAUCGGUCCCUCUCCUGUGGUCAACCAUCUUCUCCUGGGCAGGAGACCCAGACCCGGUCAGCGAUCCUUAAAGAAUGGGAUCAUCCACAAUGGUGGAGGUCCUCAAGCCCACUCCACACCCAGCCAGGAUCAGAUGAUGCGGGCCAGACAUCACUCGCCCUGGCGCACACAUGUGCGAGCGCACCGGAGGAACAUCGCCAGGGCACGAGCACAACUUGGGUUUGAUGACUCGCUAGAAAUAGAAGACGAACAAACAGAUGUGAGCAAAACAGAAGAAGCAUCUGAAGAAGGAAGACUUGAGGAUGAAAAGCAAGAGAAGGUUGAGACCGAAGGCUCAGCUGUCUCUCAGCAAGACCACAGCACUGGAAAAGAAGAAGAUCUCCAAGAGAUCAACAAGCAGUUGUCUUCUUUGGAACUGGAGCCAGAACCUUCAUCAGAAGCAGAUUCUAUUCCAAGUACACCACCAGAAACAGCUUCUGAUUUACCUACAUCAUCUCCAGAAGCGGCUUUUGAUCCAUCUACAUCAUCUCCAGAAGCGGCUUCUGCUCCCUGUACAUCAUCUCCAGAAGCGGCUUCUGAUUUACCUACAUCAUCUCCAGAAGCGGCUUCUGAUUUACCUACAUCAUCUCCAGAAGCGGCUUUUGAUCCAUCUACAUUAUCUCCAGAAGCAGCUUCUGCUCCCUGUACAUCAUCUCCAGAAGCAGCUUCUGAUCCCUGUACAUCAUCUCCACAACCAGAAACAACUUCUGAUGCACCAACCCCAACACUAACUCCACCCCCAGAACCCAAACCCACGGCCUCAGCUUCACUUCCAUCCAUCCACCAUCCAGGUUCAGACUCCUCCAGCUCAGAAAGUGGAGGCUUCCUCAAAAGAAGCCCUUCUACUUCGAUGGGAGAACCUCCAAAACCACAGCAGAUCUUCUCCCCGUUCCCUUGCAUCAAAACCCCUCGCAAGUCCGUCACCGCCAGAAACUUGGGCCUCUAUGGUCCAAACGCCAGGACUCCAAACGUGCACUUUCCACAGAUGAGCAGAAGCAUGAACCAUGUCGGAAACACCACAAGGCGGCGAUGAUGAAUUGAGCACUUAUUUGAUUCUUCAUAUCAAUAUGUUUGGCUUAAAAACUCCAACCAUGUAAGCACAUCUCUAGUAUGCUUCCAGACACUCUAAAACAUUACAUUUAGGAAAAAUAUUGGAAAAUAUAAUGCUUCCAUGAAGUUUAUAACAUGAAUUUAUGAAGGAUGUUUCCCGUUUCUUUUCUUUUUUUUUUUUAAAUGAAACCCUACAUGAACAUCUGGGAAUUAUACCCGACAUUGAAAGUAUCUCUUGUUGCAUGUUCAGGUCGGCAGUAUUCGCUACAAUGCACUGUGUAUGUUUACUUACAUGCUUCAAAGCUCAGAAAAUCACAAUCAAAUGUAUGUAAAUUACUCAUUCUAAAUAACCAGGAAAUGCUGCAAUUCUGCAUUGCACAGUCCAAUAGGAUUUUUUAGCAACCAUUCACACUAUUUAAUCAUAUAAAGUCAACAGAUUUUACAUGUUCGCUUGUUUCUGUUGUUUUUGACAACACUGAUGUUCAUUUUUCAAUCAUGUCGAGCAUUUUAUGUUACUCAUAUUUUGAUCUCUCUUUAGUAAAUUAUUCAUUUGCCAUGAUUGACACAAGUUGACAUUAAGUUCUCUUUUCUGAUGCUCGCCUGCGAUUUAACGUCCCUUUGAAUGUUUCUCUUCUCUCUAGUAAUCUUUGGUGCUUAUGAGUAGUGGAGGAUCACAGUUGUCCCACAGAAAAUAAAAGAUGUGCAAGUACGAAAAAAAAAAAAA